AUGGCGCCUACCCAGACGGUGCAUCAUCACCGAAACACCACUAAGGCUGCCAACAAACCUUUCAAGACCAAGCAUGCUUCCAAGAGUGCCUUAAAGGAUGCAGCGAAAGGCAAAGUUGAGGUUGAGCGGGGCUCUCGUAAAACACCCCACCAACAACUCAAGUCGAAACUCGAUCGUCGCAAUCAAGCCCGGCAGAGGCAGCAAUUGAAGCACCAGGAGAAGGUCCAAGCAGGAAGCCUCUUUACCGGCCAAAAUGGUGCACCACGUAAUGUCGCCAUUAUUCCCUUGACCGUUGAUAUCGAUGUCGCUGCUACUAUUCGCGCCCUGAACGAGAGCGUCGACAUCUCCAGUGAUGUUUCCCCCGAUGGAUUCACACGUGUCCGUAUUGAUCGUUUUAAACAGAGCAUUCUUUAUAUGCCAUCCAAAUUCGACCUAAUUGCCGCUUUGGAUGUCUGCCGUAUGGCCGAUUUCGUGGUUUUGGUCACUUCCGCUCAAAAAGAAGUUGAUGAGGAGGGUGAACUACUUCUGCGCUCUAUUGAAAGCCAGGGUAUCUCUAACGUCAUGACCGUUGCUCAGGGUCUUGAUAAAAUUACCCCUGCAAAAAAGCGCCCGCAGAUUGCUUCUGCGUUGAAGUCUUUCAUCAACCACUUUUUCCCCACUGUCGACAAGGUCUUGUCACUUGACUCUCGUCAAGAAUGCUCCAAUGCGAUUCGAUCGCUUUGCACUGCCACCCCUAAGGGUAUCCGAUGGCGUGAUGACCGCAGCUAUGUGCUGAUUGAGAGUGUCCAGUGGCCUGAAAACACCUCAGAAGUGGUUGAUGAUGUCGUUGUCACCGGUGUUGUUCGUGGCAGGGGCUUGAAGGCCGAUCGCAUUGCCCACAUCCCGGGCUGGGGCGAUUUCCAGAUCGAUUCCAUCACAGCCGCACCGCUCCCAGCUACAAAGAAGCGGGAUGACGCCAUGAACGUUGACAACAACACAACUCCUCAACUCUUGGAUAGCCCUACUGCGGACCAGGAUGAUAUGGCCAAUGUUGCGCCGGAAGAGAUUGAGAUGCAGGAUGAUGAUAUGGUUUCAGUCGCUGAAACUGAACGCAAGGGUGUUUUGCUCGAUGACCACCACUACUUCUCAGACGACGAUUCACACAUUCCCCUGGUGCCCAAGCGUCUGCCGAAAGGUACAUCUAACUAUCAAUCUGCCUGGUAUCUCGAAGAUGUCUCAGACUCUGGAUCUGAUAUGGAUGAGGAUGAGGAUCAUGAUAUGGAAAUGGAUACCACUGGUGCUCCGGAAGAUGGUGUAUUCCCAGAUAACCAAGACGCCAUGACCGAGGGUGGCCCCUCUGAGUACCCUCAGUCAGAGAUGUUCCUUGACCCUUCCCCAGAAGAUGAGGCAAAGGAGCUGGAGGAGUACCGGGCCAGUCGCAGAGAAGAAGCCGAGGAGGACCUUGAAUUCCCUGACGAGAUUGAAUUGCACCCUAACGUUCAGGCUAGAGAGCGCUUAGCUCGCUUCAGAGGUUUGAAGAACUUUAAGACUAGCGCCUGGGAAACGUCUGAGGACCGACCCUUCGAGCCAGAAGACUGGCGCCGAUUGUUGCAAAUUGGUGACUACAAGGGAGCCAAGAACCGCAUCCUUCGCGAGGCCUUAGUUGGUGGUGUGAACCCAGGUAUCCGUGUCGACAUCCAUCUUCGCGCAGUGCCUGCUUCUCUCCGUAACAAGGCCCAGCCCUUAUCUCUAUUCUCGCUGUUGCGCCACGAACACAAGAACACUGUAGUCAACGUCAACAUGAACUUGAGCUCCCUCGUUGAGGAGCCCCUCAAGUCCAAGGAGGAACUCAUUGUCCAGUGCGGUGCCCGCCGAAUGGUUGUCAAGCCUGUUUUCUCUGCCGGUGACAACACUCCCAACAAUGUGCACAAGUUCGACCGCUUCCUGCACCCCGGGCGCAGUGCUAUUGCCACUUGGAUUGGUCCCAUGACCUGGGGCGCUGUCCCCAUUCUUGUAUUCCGCAACAAGAAGACAGAGGAGGACCCCGAGGUUCUUGACUCAGCAGAUGCCCAGCCAGAGCCGCUGAGCCUCGAUACCCUGGAGCUCAUUGGUACUGGUACAGUGGUCGCAUCCGACCCAGCUCGUGUUAUCGCCAAGCGUGCCAUCCUCACUGGUCAUCCUUUCAAGAUUCACAAGAAGGUUGUCACCGUCCGAUACAUGUUCUUCAACUCCGAGGAUAUCAGCUGGUUCAAGGCACUGCAACUCUGGACCCGUCGUGGUCGCAGUGGAUUUAUCAAGGAGAGUCUCGGCACACACGGUUACUUCAAGGCCUUGUUCGAUGCCAAAAUCAACCCUCAAGAUUCCAUUGGUAUCAGUCUGUACAAGCGGGUCUUCCCUCGUCACGCCCGAGCCUUGGAGGAGGUUGUUGCGUAA